AGCUGAUGUCAUUAGGCUGAGAUAGAAGAUUAAAGAUCAUUAACCAUGCCUCGGGCUGUUAAGGGCGUCUUCGUAGAGUGCGAUCCCUCCAUCAAGUCCCUCGUCCUCAACAUCGACGCAAAGUCCCAUAAUGUCGUAAUAGCUGACCUCGACGACGAGCAUCUCGUCAUCGACGAGCGCCAGGUCGACAACGUCAAACGGCAACUCGACGCCCAGCUCGCGGAAAACACUUUCAACCCGGCUGAGCUCGAGAACAACCCGGAGAAGUAGACAUCGAGGCAGCAUGUGCAGUCCAAGAGCUGAUAUCUGAUACUCUCUACUCGUCUCUACUCUACUCUCUCUGCUCUCCGCCCUCGACUCUUCCGAACAUACUGAUCUUCACUGAUCUUCAGAUCACAGCAGCACAGCAAAGUUGUCUGCAUCUCCAUCCUCACAGUCAUCCCUCCUACAUCAACUCCGUCAGUCUGUCUCGAUCUCAAUCCCUCUCUUCAGUCAUAUCCUGACUCUCCUCUUCAAUCAAUGCACUCUUGACCUCUCUUAAUUAACUCCUGCUCAAAUGUAAACAUUACGUAACCUAUUAUCCAACAACCCACAUUUCCAUCACGUGACAUUAACAUGAACGAGCAAACUCUCACUUCAAAACAAAACUCUUGCUCGAGUCCAAGUCUU